AUGAAAAAGCAGUGGCUCGAAAAUCUCAACCACACGCCAGGCACGCAAGAACACUUUUUUACAAAACAAAAAAAACAUUCACACAUAACAAUUCUAACCGCACGUCUAGCGCAGUGUCGGCACCGACGCGGCACCAGUCAGCCACAGCCGGCUUCUUCUUCUGCGCUCGCACGGCAGAGGGAGGUCUCACGCAUCUCAGGAUCCCGCAGCGGGCAACGGUACCACGCCCGUCGAGAGCUUUCUAACGCGUUUGGCACGGCAACAGACUACAUCUCGCGGGACGACAAGGCCUUUGCGCGCAAC